UACUCUGGUACUGAUAAUAAACUUUAAAUUUUCAGGACAAUGGAAGAACGAUUACACCAAUGGAUAGACCAGGAAUUAGAGGCGGAAUUAGAGCGUACUGUGGUGAUAAGCAAUUUACCAGCUACCGAAGAUGACCUUUUGAAUAAACUUGAAGAAUACCUCAGUAAAUCCGAUAAUUGUGGUGGAUACAUAGAACGGAUUGAUUUCUUGGAUGAAACGUCUGUGGUCAUUGUAUACUUCGAAAAGAAAGUUUGUGAAGACCUGAUUUCUCACUGCAGGUCUAAUAGUAUGGACUUCUUUGGUAAACGAUUAAUGAUCGAAUCGCUACACGAUUACGAACAUAACCAGGACAAAGGUAGUGGCAACAUGUUUAAGGUAAUGAUACGCAGUUAAC